GUUUCGGUUUAACCUAGUGUGUGACUGAGUCUGUGUGAGGGAGCGAGUGAGUGUGAGGUAUUAAGGUGAGGCGGAGGCAAGAAGAGGGGCUCUCUCAGGAGCGAGGGACAAAGGGGGCGUGAAGCACCUAGGCCGCGGGACCCCAGCGACAGGAAGCCGCCCCGAGCCGGGCUACCGGGUAGGGGAAGGGCCCGCGCAGUCUUCACAGGGCCCCAGAGCCGGAGUCGGCCCCACAGACCCAGGCCGUCGGCUUCCUACUUCCUCGACCUCCCCGGCGCCCGGGCCUGAGGACUGGCUCGGCGGGGGGAGGAGGGGAAACAGACUUGAGCAGCUACCCGUUGUCUCGCAACUCCACUGCUGAGGAACUCUCAUCUCUUUUCUGGCUCCUUCACCCCCUACCUCAUGUAGGAGGGUGCUGAGGCGUCGGGAGGGAGGAGGAGCCUGGGCUACCGUCCCUUCCCUCCCCACCCCGUUCUAGGGGCGCUUUGGUAGGCGUGGGGUUGGGGGGGAGGGUGGGGGUUACUUUUUGGAGUGCUGGGGAACUUUUUCCCCUUUUUGAGGCUAGGGGAAAGGGAAUGCCCAAUCCAGAGAGACAUGGGGGCAAGAAGGACGGGAGUGGAGGAGCUUCUGGAACUUUGCAGCCGUCAUCGGGAGGUGGCAGCUCCAACAGCAGAGAGCGUCACCGCUUGGUGUCGAAGCACAAGCGGCAUAAAUCCAAGCACUCCAAAGACAUGGGGUUAGUGACCCCCGAAGCAGCACCUUUGGGUACAAUUAUCAAGCCUUUGGUGGAGUAUGAUGACAUCAGCUCUGAUUCAGAUACCUUCUCUGAUGACAUGGCCUUCAAACUGGACAGGAGGGAGAAUGAUGAACGUCGUGGAACUGAUCGGAGUGACCGCCUGCACAAACAUCGUCACCACCAGCACAGACGUUCCCGGGACUUACUAAAAACUAAACAAACAGAAAAAGAAAAAAACCAGGAAGUCUCCAGCAAAUCGGGAUCGAUUAAGGACCGGGUAUCAGGAAGUUCAAAGCGUUCAAAUGAAGAGAAUGAGGACUAUGGGAAGGCACAGAUAUCCAAAAGCAGCAGCAACAAAGAAUCCAGGUCAUCCAAACUCCAUAAAGAGAAGACCCGGAAAGAACGUGAGUUGAAGUCUGGGCACAAAGACCGGAGUAAAAGUCAUCGGAAAAGGGAAACACCCAAAAGCUACAAAACAGUGGACAGCCCCAAACGGAGAUCCAGGAGUCCUCAUAGGAAAUGGUCUGACAGCCCCAAGCAAGAUGAUAGCCCGUCAGGAGCUUCUUAUGGCCAAGAUUAUGACCUUAGUCCCCCAAGAUCUCACACCUCUAGUAAUUAUGACUCCUACAAGAAGAGUCCUGGAAGUACCUCAAGAAGGCAGUCAAUUAGCCCUCCUUACAAGGAGCCUUCGGCCUACCAAUCCAGCACCCGGUCACCCAGUCCCUACAGUAGACGACAAAGAUCUGUGAGUCCCUAUAGUCGGAGACGUUCUUCCAGCUAUGAAAGGAGUGGCUCUUACAGUGGGAGAUCACCCAGUCCCUACGGUCGCAGACGGUCCAGCAGCCCUUUCAUGAGCAAACGGUCUUUGAGUCGGAGUCCGCUCCCCAGUAGGAAAUCCAUGAAGUCAAGAAGCAGAAGUCCUGCAUAUUCAAGACACUCGUCUUCUCAUAGUAAAAAGAAGAGAUCCGGGUCACGCAGUCGACAUUCCAGCAUCUCACCUGUCAGGCUUCCAUUGAACUCCAGCUUGGGAGCUGAACUCAGUAGGAAAAAGAAGGAAAGAGCUGCUGCUGCUGCUGCAGCAAAAAUGGAUGGAAAGGAAUCCAAGGGUUCACCUAUAUUUUUGCCUAGAAAAGAGAAUAGUUUAGUAGAGGCUAAGGAUUCAGGCUUGGAGUCUAAAAAGUUAACCAGAGGUGUAAAAUUGGAAAAAUCUGCCCCAGAUACUGAACUGGUGAAUGUACCACAUCUAAAUACAGAAGUCAAAAAUUCCUUAGAUACAGGGAAAGUAAAAUUGGAUGAGAACUCUGAGAAGCAUCCUAUUAAAGAUUUGAAAAUGCAGGGAUCAAGAGACUCUAAACCCAUAGCAUUGAAAGAGGACAUUGUUACUCCAAAAGAGACAGAGACAUCAGAAAAGGAGACUCCUCCACCUGUCCCCACAGUUACUUCUCCUCCACCUCCUUUACCAACUACUACCCCUCCACCUCAGACACCCCCUUUGCCACCUUUGCCUCCACUACCAGCUAUUCCACAGCAACCACCUCUGCCUCCUCCCCAACCAGCAUUUAGUCAGGUUCUUACUUCUAGUACUUCAACUUUGCCCCCUUCUACUCACCCAAGGACAUCUACUUUGUCCUCUCAGGCAAAUUCUCAGCCCCUUGCACAGGUUUCUGUGAAGACUCAAGUAUCCGUAACAGCUGCUAUUCCACACCUAAAAACUUCAACGUUGCCUCCUUUGCCCCUCCCACCCUUAUUACCAGGAGACGAUGACAUGGAUAGUCCAAAAGAAAUUCCACCUUCAAAACCUGUAAAGAAGGAGAAGGAACAAAGGCCACGUCACUUACUCACGGACCUCCCUCUCCCUCCAGAACUUCCUGGUGGGGAUCCAUCUCCCCCAGACUCUCCAGAACCAAAGGCAGUUACACCACCUCAGCAACCAUAUAAAAAGAGACCAAAAAUUUGUUGUCCUCGUUAUGGAGAAAGAAGACAAACAGAAAGUGACUGGGGAAAACGCUGUGUAGAUAAGUUCGACAUUAUUGGGAUUAUUGGAGAGGGAACCUAUGGCCAAGUAUAUAAAGCCAAGGACAAAGACACAGGAGAGCUAGUGGCCCUGAAAAAGGUGAGACUGGACAAUGAGAAGGAGGGCUUCCCAAUCACAGCCAUUCGUGAGAUCAAAAUCCUUCGUCAGCUAAUCCACCGAAGUGUUGUUAACAUGAAGGAAAUUGUUACGGAUAAACAGGAUGCACUGGAUUUCAAGAAGGACAAAGGUGCCUUUUACCUUGUAUUUGAGUAUAUGGACCAUGACUUAAUGGGACUGCUAGAAUCUGGUUUGGUACAUUUUUCUGAGGACCAUAUCAAGUCAUUCAUGAAACAGCUAAUGGAAGGAUUGGAUUACUGUCACAAAAAGAAUUUCCUGCAUCGGGAUAUUAAGUGUUCUAACAUUUUGCUGAACAACAGUGGGCAAAUCAAACUAGCAGAUUUUGGACUUGCACGGCUCUAUAACUCUGAAGAGAGUCGCCCUUACACAAACAAAGUCAUCACUUUGUGGUAUCGACCUCCAGAACUUCUGCUGGGAGAGGAGCGCUAUACACCGGCCAUUGAUGUUUGGAGCUGUGGAUGCAUCCUUGGGGAAUUAUUCACAAAGAAGCCUAUUUUUCAAGCCAAUCUGGAACUGGCUCAGCUGGAGCUGAUCAGUCGACUCUGUGGUAGCCCUUGUCCAGCUGUGUGGCCUGAUGUUAUCAAGCUGCCCUACUUCAAUACCAUGAAACCGAAGAAACAAUAUAGAAGGCGUCUACGAGAAGAAUUCUCUUUCAUUCCUUCAGCAGCACUUGAUUUACUGGACCACAUGCUAACACUAGAUCCUAGCAAACGUUGCACAGCUGAACAGACUUUACAGAGUGACUUCCUUAAAGAUGUUGAGCUCAGCAAAAUGGAUCCUCCAGACCUCCCCCACUGGCAGGAUUGCCAUGAAUUAUGGAGUAAGAAACGGCGACGACAGCGACAGAGUGGUGUUGUGAUAGAAGAGCCACCUCCUUCCAAAGCCUCUCGGAAAGAAACUACCUCAGGGACAAGUGCUGAGCCUGUGAAGAAUAGCAGCCCAGCACCACCUCAGCCUGCUCCUGGCAAGGUGGAGCCUGGGACUGGGGAUGCAAUAGGCCUCGGUGACAUCACACAGCAGUUGAAUCAAAGUGAAUUGGCAGUGUUACUGAAUCUGCUGCAGAGCCAAACCGACCUGAGCAUCCCUCAGAUGGCUCAGCUGCUUAACAUCCACUCCAACCCAGAGAUGCAGCAGCAGCUGGAGGCCCUGAACCAAUCCAUCAGUGCCCUAACUGAAGCCACUUCCCAGCAGCAGGACUCAGAGCCCUUGGCCCCAGAAGAGUCUUUGAAGGAGGCACCUCCUGCCCUAGUGGUCCAACCUUCAGCAGAACAGACAAGCUCUGAAGCUUCAAGCACACCAGCUGACAUGCAGAAUAUGUUGGCAGUUCUUUUGAGUCAGCUGAUGAAAACCCAGGAGCCAGCAGGCAGCCUGGAGGAAAACAGCAGUGACAAGAACAGUGGGCCACAGGGGCCCCGAAGAACUCCCACAAUGCCACAGGAGGAGGCAGCAGCAUGUCCUCCUCACAUUCUUCCACCAGAGAAGAGGCCCCCUGAGCCCCCCGGACCUCCACCGCCGCCACCUCCACCCCCUCUGGUUGAAGGCGAUCUUUCCAGCGCCCCCCAGGAGUUGAACCCAGCCGUGACAGCCGCCUUGCUGCAACUUUUAUCCCAGCCUGAAGCAGAGCCUCCUGGCCACCUGCCACAUGAGCACCAGGCCUUGAGACCAAUGGAAUACUCCACCCGACCCCAUCCCAACAGGACUUACGGAAACACUGAUGGGCCUGAAACAGGGUUCAGUGCCACUGACACUGAUGAACGCAACUCUGGUCCAGCUUUGACAGAAUCCUUGACCCAGACCCUGGUGAAGAACAGGACCUUCUCAGGCUCUGUGAGCCACCUUGGGGAGUCCAGCAGUUACCAGGGCACAGGGUGGCAGCAGCGGCAGGAAGGAUGGCCCUUGAGGAAUUUGGUGAAAUCCAUCAGUUACCUGGCAUCUGGAGCUCGUGACGAGUUCAGUUUUUCAUAGACUCUAAAACCAGAUUUGAUGGGAGCUCCCACCUGUCCAGACAAUAUACAAGACACAAGAAGUAGAGGCCCACAAGCCUGCUUCUCUCUAGCCUCAUUGCCCAGAACCAGGCAGGUCAUGAGUUUCCAGUGCUCACCCCCACCCUUCUUGCUGCCAGAUGUGGAAAUGGAGACCCAGAGAGGAAAAAUCAAUUGAAUCCUUUCCUGGAGUUGCUUUGUGUUCCUGGCUUCAGAGAGUUCCUGGGAACCCAAGGAAAGGUAGAUGGAAAGUUCCACGAAGACAGUGACCACGUCUGUCUAUAUUCACCAGUGUGCUCCCAGUGCCCAGCACAGUGCCUAGCAUAAAGCAGCUGUUUGGAAACAAGAAGAGAAGACCCAGAGCAGAGAAGAGAGAAGGUGGGACUCCAUAAGGACACUCACGUGCAAGCAUACACUUGCACACGCCGGAUAUGUGCAUACAGCUGUGUGUGCAGGUCAGGAUGCUUGCUGAGGCCCCCUGCAGCACGUGCACACACGCUCACUUAUCACCCAUGCAUGGAGAAGAAUGAUUCACGUAUGCAGGGCAGUCUUCCCACAUCCAGACCACUGAUCUGCAGGUUGUUAGCCUGAGCUAUGCCCCAGGUUUUCCAUGAAUCCUAAUGCACCAAUGUUCCCCAGCUCCUGGCAGCUACCUUGAGUCAGCCACGGUGAUGACAGAGCCUCAUAGUGGCUCUUCCAGGAGAGGGGCUGGGGAUACCUGUGCUCAUCCUAUGCACCUGUCCUGGCUGCAGUGUGGUCCCUUCUCUGGUGGCCAUCAGAUGACAGGCUCAGACAUCUCAUUUGGGAGAAGCACCGGGCACAGACUUGAUUUCAGAGAGAAGAGGAGGCUAAUGGGAGGUGAGAGAGGCAGAAUCUGUGCCUCUCUGUGACCCCCUUUCCUUCUUACCUGUUUCCAGGAGACAAGUGGCCCCUCGUUAUAAAGAAAACAUUUGUCAAGUGCCUACCCUCAAGGAGAUACUGUUUAGCACAGUGCCUCACAAUUUUCUGAGCUGGGCUGAUGACAGAUGCAAGAAUCUGGAUGUGCUAUCCCCAUUGGAGGAUCCACAAUAAUUCUCAUGGUAACCUCAGCCUUACCCAUGUUAGACUGCGAGACCAAGGGAUGCUUUCUGACCUUCCCCAGGAAUCCCCCCUCUCUCAAAGAAGCCAGCUCCUUCACGGAUUGGUGUGGCUGCCAGCCAAGAGGCUUGGGGCAGGCCUUGGGGCAUGCAGCUGGCACCUGCCCACCAGAUCCCCAAGGAGGACCUCCUCCCUCAUCCUAUAGCCCCAUUCAGAUGGCCCCUGGGCUACAGGGAGGCAGGGCUCCCUGCUCCCCACUUCAAGCUGGAGCACCCACCACCUCCCUUUCCACUAUAACCUGCUCCCAGAUCCCCCAUCCAGACUAGAUAUACCAAAGACCCACCAGGUACUUCUUCUAGUCUGGAUCAAACACUUAAUACAAUAGGAGUUGUACUGGGGCUGGGUAAGAGGCCUUGAGGGGUAAGGCUUGGGCUAGAAUUAUGGGAGAAAUUGCUGAGGUCAAGAGAUGGACGAAAAAGCUCUGGGGCACCUGGGUGGCUCAGUUGGUUGAACAUCUGACUCUUGAUCUCAGUUCAGGUCUUGAUCUCAGGGUCGUGAGUUCAAGCUCCCCACUGGGGUCCAUGCUAGGCAUGAAACCUACUUUAAAAAGAGAGAGAGAGAGAUGGAUGAGGAAGAACUCAAUGCGAGUGACAUAGGACAGGGGGACAUGAAGGGAGGAGGCUAAGUGAGUCUGCCUCUCUCAUCUAAUUAGCAACAUGCAAAUAAUAUGCAAAGCACUCCCUCUUUGUUUAGAGACCACUGUGUUUUUGGAUGUGGGCUACAGAGGGGCCACCAGGCAGCAUCUCUGAGACCCAAAGACAUGGAAUACCCAGGCUCAAAAGAGAGGCCAGAGUGCAGCCAUCUUGUAGCUUAUUCCCUGGAUGCACUCAUUUUCUAUGGGCCUCAAUUUCCCUGUGUGUGAAAUGGGAGGACUGGCCUGGAUGGUCCUAAGGCCUCUGACCAGUACUGACAGUCUCGGGUUUUCUGAUUUGGGGCCCAAUGCUGCAUGAGUUGGAGGGUUGAUUCCAUUCUGGGGUGGAAACUACUUGGCCCUCUUGCCCGUGCCACUUACCUCACCAGUCCUGCAAUGCCAUGCCCUUCAUGCUCAUGCACCCGCCAUCCCAAACGUGGACAGUCUCCUGAAGACAAUAUUCUCUCCCACUCUCUUACCCACAGGGUUUCCUCUCCUUGGAAUGGCAUUCCUGCUUUAGCCUCUACCCUGGCUAGCCCCUUCUCCAACUCUAACAGCCCUACCUACCUUCCUCUUCCACCUCUGGGCAUCCCUAUGCACUGUUUACUUCUCUCAUUUCCCAUUAGACUGUGAACUCAUAGAGGGAAGGUACUGGGUUUAGUUCAAGACGGAAUCUCCAGUGUAAAUGUCUUAGUUUUCCAAGGCUGCUGUAACAAAUCAUCACAAACUUGGUUGUUUAAAAAAAAAAGAAAGAAAGAAAUUUAUUCUCUUACAUUUCUGGAAGCCAGGAGUUCAACAUCAGUUUCAAUGGGUGAAAAUCAAGGUGUCAGCAAGACUGUGCUCUCUCUCGGGCCCUAAAGGAGAAUUUGUUCUUUCAGCUUCUAGUGGCUGUUG